UUGGUUUUUUUUACCUUCAUGGGUUAACAGUAUUCUCCCAGUAAAUAGAAAAAUCUUUGCAGAUUUUCAUUUUGGAUUUGUUUUAUUACGGGCUGUGAUUUGAAAUGUGCCUUUUUACGAGUCAAAUGGGAGCUCCUGAAUGCAACAUUUUUACAGCUCUGAUUAAUGAAGGCAGCACUGUGAAGGUUAAAUACAAUACAUCAGCAGUUCCGGUUAUCGUCUGCAAAACAAAACUAGACAAAUAAACUAAUAAAUGUUUCAGUGUGACAUUAAACAAUGGGUAGAUGAAGAGGUUUGUAGUGAUUACACAUUUAAAAAAUGCAAUUUCAUUUAUAGAUACCGUUAUGAGGACAAGGUUUUACAAAAAUGUUCAUUUAGUAUGUUCGAAUUGUGCUUUUAUUUUUUUGGGUCGAUCGCCAGAUUUCCGUCAGUAUUCGGCUAUCUCCGGAGAGUUUGACGAAGCGGAGAGUCCAAUGGAAGCCUUCGUCUCAACCCGGGGGAAACAAUCAAGUCCGAUUUAGCUCAAAAAUAUCAGCCGAUAUCUUCUCAUGGGAUUAUAAACUACAUAUUUCUGGAACAGUCGGCGUCUUCGGUUUUCACCGUUGUGUUUUAAACCCGCCGAUUUUCCGUUAACGGCUCCCGUUCGGCCUUGUUUAUACUGAGCAGGCAGCUCGGGUCGGCAGCAGGCCCGGUGGCUCCGGUGCAGCGAGUUUAACGGCCGCUUCGGGUCCGGAGAGAGUUUGUGCGGAUCGGCCCUUUAGCUCACCAAAGAAUAUGACCCAGAUGCAACAAUGACAUCCAGAUUUGGUAAAACCUACAGCCGUAAGGGAGGAGAGGGCACGUCCAAGUUCGACGAGGUUCUGUCCACCAAGAGAGGCACCCUCAGCACCAAAUGGGGGGCCACCACCUACAAGGCUAAGGUGGGCUCCAAGCGUGCCGGUGUGCCCAAAAACGACUCUGUCCUGGAGGUUUACAAGAGACCCCGUCCGUGCGGAGACGGCCUGGAGGAUCCGUUCGGAUUCGACAGUGAUGAGGAGUCAAAGCCGGUGACGUCUCGCAGCGGAAACAAGCCGUCGCCCGCCAAGCCGGCCUCUGCAGAGCCUCCACAGGCGGAAAGGCCCGGUGUUUCUCUGGACACGGGGAGCAGGUCCAGCAUCCAGGGGGGGUCUUUGACGGCCACUCGCGGGUCAUCAUGGCUGCCCAGUGACACGGCCCGGUUCUUCAACAGCAGCAGUGCUAUCACAGGAAAGUCCCAGGCGAGCUCGGUGCCGUCAGAUAACCAGCACAGCUACUCCUGGUACCAAAACGCUUCAGAGAGCGAUAAGAAGCCGCUGGCGCAGACCACUGCCCUGAAGACAGGGUCCAAGGCAGAGUCCACCUAUGACUCCUGGGACGCCAUCAUGGGUCUUCGUCCGCCCUCACCCAGCCAGGAACCUCGUAACCCCGCCCCCACGCUCUCCUGGGCUACAGCGGGAGUCACUGCGGGCAGGUUAGACCUCGGGAGGAGCCGGCACGAGAAGCCCCCCUCUCCCCCUCGGCUCCAGAGCCCCAGCGAGAGCGAGGACCUCGGAGGGGACACAGACUUCUUAGUGGAGACGUCAGACUACUCCCAGACCUCCUCCCAGACCUCCUCCUCCUCCUCCUCCUCCUCCUCCUCCUCCUCCUCACUUGUAAGAAACUCGAACUGUCGGACUUACAGGAGGCCCAACAAACAGGGCAAAGCCUCAGACUCUAGCGGCUUCACCUGCGCUUCUGCCACAGAUCUCCCCAAAUCCACAUCUGACAGCAGUAAUAAGACGACAGGUGGAGGAGGGGGACGGGGCAGGACGAGAGACUACACGGUGCUGCACCCGUCCUCUGUGUCCAAGUGUAACGUCACCAUCCAGGACAGAGGCGUGGAGGAGUUCAGCACUGAUGCAGCACCCUCAGGUGGGAGCGGCGGCGCCGGGUCCGGCAGCUCUGCAGAGCUGGGAGAGGUGGGAUGGCAGCGCAAGAAGACGGAACAACAAAACACAAGGUUCAAACAAAGCCAGACAAAGUCGAAGAAGGACAGCAAGCUGGAGCUGUUCGGCUUUGAAGACGCCGACGCCCAUCAGGAUGAGAACAGCACCGACAGCGCAGACGGACGAUCCAGCUACAAGAUCCAGUACUUCGGCUUUGACGACAUGAGCGACAGUGACGGCGCAGACGACGAUGACGACAGCGCUAAAGAGAGGAGGAGGAGGGUCAAGAAGGCCACGGCCGCCAAGAAAAGCCCGGCAGUGGUCAAUGACGAAGAAACUGUGACCGACGAACCGCCGGAUCCCUUUGAGAGGCUGGAGAGGCUGGAGAGACCGACAGUCAAGGAGAACAAGAAGAACUCAGAGAGGCAGGAGAGCAGGAUACGAACAGACAUCCUGGACUUCUCAGAGGACAGCCUCAGAGUGUUGGCUGGAGUAACCAGGAGGCCGCCGCCGGGCAAACCGGCCGAGAAGAACCCGGACACCUUCAGGAGGAUCUUCAGCGCGCAUAAGAAGUCUCCCACCAAAGCUGUGUACAACGCCCGACACUGGACGGUGGACAGUGAAGAGGAGCCGCCUCCGUCUUUCUUCUCACGAUCAGCGGCAGCUCCUGCGCCGGCCUCAGCAGGAGGAUCCAGUAAGGAGCCCUCUGACGCUCAGAAGGACGACGGUGUCUUUAAGGCUCCUCCCCCUCCUCCCAAGGUCACCAAAUGUGUCACCCUGCCCACGGACCUCUACCAGGACGCCGUCACUGCACUCAAAUGUCGCAAAGAGCACAAGGAGCUGUAUACGGUGGUCCAGCAUGUGAAGCACUUCAAUGACGUGGUGGAGUUUGGAGAGAACCAGGAGUUCACUGAUGACUUUGAGUAUCUGGCUACUGGUCUGAAGAGUGGACAGCCUCUCAACACACGCUGCCUUAGUGUGAUCAGCCUGGCUACGCGCUGUGCCAUGCCCAGUUUCAGGAUGCACCUCAGGGCCCGAGGGAAGGUGGCGCAGGUCUUUAAAACGCUCAACGAUGCCCCACAACACCCGAAUCUGGCUCUGUGCACGGCAUCUCUGAUGUACAUCCUCAGCAGAGACCGGCUCAACAUGGACCUCGACCGCUCGUGUCUGGACCUGAUGAUCAGGCUGCUGGAGCUGGACCAGGACCAGGGUGGCGGGGCCGGGACGGGGACAGACCCCACGACUCAGUUCAGCGCCAGAGAAAUCGCCAAGAUGAAGGAGAAGAUCAGGAAGCUCUGCGACACCGUGCACAACAAGCACCUGGACCUGCAGAACAUCACGACGGGUCACUUAGCCAUGGAGACAUUAUUGUCUCUGACCUCAAAGCGAGCAGGGGACUGGUUCAAAGAGGAGCUGCGGCUCCUGGGAGGACUGGACCACAUAGUGGAUAAAGUCAAGGAGUGUGUGGAUAACUUGAACCAGGAGGACGAGAAGGAGAAGAUGAUGUCGUCUCUGUGGGGAGCGGAGCGGUGUUUACGGGUGCUGGAGAGCGUGACGGUCCACAACCCAGAGAACCAGAGCUACCUGAUCGCCUACAAAGACUCAUCACUCAUCAUCUCCUCUGCAAAGUGA